GAGCUUUUAAUUAAGAUUUAAAUGACCAAUCAAUAACGUAAUUUCAACAUGAAAACUUCAGGAUUUUUUGUUAAGCAUGCGUAGUUCGUUAUUUCGUAUUGUGAAUACUCUUGCGACGUAAACAUUUCAAAGAAAUAUAUGCUUUAUUUCAAUUUAAAAAAACUCAAAAAGGCGUCUUUCAGUAUUCCUCAGGAUGAAAAGGAACAUUUCUAUGUGGUUAUUGACAUUGAUUGCUUGUAAAUUUGCCCACAGUAAAAGCUACGCGUUCUCGAAGAACUUGCUUUAUAGCGAUGCGGUGCCGAGUUCGGGUCUGAAUGUUCAAAAACGGGUGUUAACACAACUAGAAUGUGCUAGAUUGUGUGGGCAAGAAGUGACCUGUCAAACCUUCUUCUACAAACCACUGGGCGGAGUGUGUUCUCUGUACAAUCAUCCCCUCCUUGAGUAUACCCCUGUCAUCUUUGAGGAAGGUGUGGAAAUAUACACGAUGAAAGGUUGUCAAUUUUCAGAUUUUACAAUGUAUAGAGAAGGUGGUAUAUGCAUUAGUAUUUUCUCUGCGGAAAAUAUGACAUCAUUGUAUGCCAGCACAGCGUGUAAUCACCGAGGCGGAGAACUGAUAUCAUUAGACACUGACGGAAAGAUACAGUAUUUAAAAACAUACUUGCUCCAAUACUUUAAGUGGACAACACCAGUCUUGAUUGGACUUGAUAAUUCGGAUGGAUGGAAAUGGUCCAACAAUGUAUCUUUGACAUACAGUUCUCUCUUGCAAUAUCAGCUCAACAGUUAUGAUGCGCAAAUGCACCCAUGUCCCGACAACUACUGUGGAGUUCUUAGAAUCUCCCCCACAGAAUCACUGUUGUUUGAUCAGUGCUGUAGUAACAUAAGACCGCUCUCGGUGUGCUCGAUGUCCACAACAUUGUAAACGGCUGAUGUUAAUUAAACAUUUUAAGAAGGCCGGGUUGUCGUGGUCAGUUUUAGACUAUAUAAAGAAAUAGUUUGAUGAUAUUCGUGCAUUUUACGAAGUUGUUGCAAUUUUGGCUACGAUGAAUGUAAUUGAAUAAAUAACGUAUGCAAGUUGAGAUAAAAUUAGAGGUAAAAAAAAAAACUUUGUACCGGUGCAUCGGUGGCUCGAACCUUUAGCUUUAGGUAGUAAGUGGAGCCACUAAGCCAAGCAUUUCGUUGAACGGCUUUGCGUUAUAUUAACACUUCAAGACUUAUUUUUGUUUAUAUAAUAGGCAGAUUUAUGGUACGAAUGAAAUAAUCCCGGAAAAUUAAGCGUUAUCGAAUAUUGCCGAGGAUCGGAGAUCGUUAACUUAUUUAAUAGUGCCAGGUUAAUGAAAUGAAGCAGAACGAUCGAAAAAAAAUAAUCACAAGCAAUGGAGAGACAAAAUGUUUUAGGCAAGUUAUAAACCGAAAACUGACCAUUCUGUCAGAGGUUAUACUGUCCUCAGCGCUGCCACACGUCGUACUGUACAAUAUUUAUCUGACAGAAUAGACAGUUUUUGGCUUAUAACCGGUACAUAUAAUAGAAAAAUGAUAAAUGUUAAAACUACAAUAGUUGGGUUGCAUCUUUACUGAAAUAUUUUUUUGCUGAAAUAUACUUAUAAUAUUAUGGUAGAUCUAUACUUAUACUAUUAUGGUAGAUCUAUACUUAUACUAUUAUGGUAGAUCUAUACUUAUGAUAUUAUGGUAGAUCUAUACUUAUACUAUUAUGGUAGAUCUGGGGUAGAUUUGCUGACCACUCAGCCUUUUCAAGCAAUAAAAUACACUAUUCAAAACAUAGUUCGCUAUCGAUGACUGUGUGAUAUAAUUCUGCAUAAAACAAUAUGUUUCUACUUCUAAGGAACAUUUAUCAAUAGUACACUCUUGUGAUAUAAAAAUAUCAGGCUAAUAUUCAAUGCAAAUACUCGUGUACAUGUAUCUAUUUUUGUAACUGUUGAAUCGUUUAUGAUUUUGUAAUGAAAGAUUUGUACUUUAAAUGAAACUCGUACAGAAUUAAACUAGUAUUGUCAAUUGCACUAUUGUUUUCCGUACAUAUCUGUUCUUCUAUUAACAUAAACCAGCUUAGAACCCACUGAUUUUGGAAGUAUUCAUUUUGUUA